UUCAUGCCUCCUCCACAGUGCGGGAGAAAUGCUCUCCGCUGAUACACUGGAUUCACCGCUCUAGUUAAAAUCACUGCUGCUGUGCGGUGAAUUACUGUGAAUUCUUACUCUCUGUCAUCGGUGAAAAAAGUUAAGGAUAUUUCGGAUUUUUUUGGUUUGUUUUUACUUGUUCGCUGUGCUGUGCAAAUGGAUCGGAAUACGACGGCCCCCCCAUUAGGGAUGUUAGGCAGCCUCGUGGCUACCCUACUUUUUGCCAUGGCCUCGCCGUCGGACGGCACGGGCGGCCUAGGUAUUAAUGCCAUCGGCGGAGGCUUCAACACCGCUGCUACCAAUGCAUCAGAAAUAACAGAACCCCCUCAGACACUGGUGGGAGUUGCCGGUUCGGCCUUGGACCUCCCGUGCAACAUCACGGCCCCGACCCCUGAUGACUCCGUAGCCCUGGUCCUUUGGUAUAAGGACGAAUCCACGACGCCCCUUUACAGUUUGGAUGCUCGAAGGGGCCUAUUAGACCAGGCGAGACACGCGGCCAGCGACUUACUGAAUGGCCGCGCUUACCUCAGUAUCACUCACAAGCCUUCCACUCUCAAACUGAAACCAUUGCUGGAAGAGGACGAGGGCCAAUACAGGUGUAGAGUGGAUUUCAGAAAAGCCAGAACGAGAAAUUUUGAUGUUCUUGUAACAGUUGUUGUGCCGCCAAAGAAACCGGUGAUAAUGGACCAAAAUGGAGAACUAUUUCAUAGUUUGAUAGGACCUUAUAACGAAGGCGACAGACUAUUUUUGGUGUGUGAAACAGAAGGAGGUAAACCUACCCCAUCACUGACUUGGUGGCGAGAAAGUGUUCUUCUUGAUGACAGUUACGAGGUGAGUCCCGAAGGGGUGGUCAGGAACGAAAUCGAGAUCACUUCUCUUCAGCGACAUGAUCUGAUGGCUGUUUUUACCUGCCAAGCAUCCAAUAACAAUAUCACUGUACCGGUGUCGAAAUACGUCACUGUGGACAUGAACUUUCGACCUUUGGAAGUCUCAAUCGAAGGAAAUCGAAGACCUCUCUCAGCCAACAGCCCUGUGGAACUCGUCUGCAGAGCAACAGGUUCCAGACCCCCUGCAACAAUCACAUGGUGGAAAGGGAACACCAAAAUGAAAAGAACGAAAGAGCGGAUAUCCAUAGAUGGAUACGUCACCACCAGUAUUCUCAUUUUCACGCCCACCAGUGAAGACAGUGGCAAAUACUUGUCUUGCCGCGCUGAGAAUCCUUUGAUACCUGGAAGUGCUAUAGAAGAUGGAUGGAAAUUGGAUAUAAAUUAUGUACCACAGUUAACACUAAGACUCGGCAGCAAACUUCGCCAUGCCCACAUUCAGGAAGGCAAUGACGUCUACUUUGAAUGCAACAUCCGGGCUUCACCUUGGGUUUCAGAGAUAGGCUGGAAGUUUGAAGACCAGGAACUUCAUACGAACACCAGCAAUGGCAUCAUCGUAUCCAAUCAGAGUUUAGUUCUUCAGAAAGUACAGAGAUCCAGCAGAGGCAGAUACACUUGUACAGCAACUAACACUGAAGGCACUGGUGAAAGCAAUGAAGUUUUCUUGAGAGUUCAAUAUGCCCCCUUGUGCAAACCUGGACAGAAGAUCAUCUAUGGAGCAGCCCGACACGAAGCCGUUCGAGUGACGUGUGAAGUGGAGGCCGACCCUCGCGAAGUGUCUUUCCACUGGCAAUUCAACAACACGGCCGAGAGCUUAGAAGUGGUGACCUUCGUAAAUGACGGAACGAUGUCAACUGCAACGUAUAUUCCCAGGACAGAGUUCGAUUAUGGUACUCUGCUGUGUUGGGGAACGAAUAUUGUUGGGUCUCAAGUGGAACCCUGCAUUUACACGAUUGUUCCUGCAGGUCCACCAGACUCUGUGGAAAACUGCAGCGUCACCAACCAAACGGAAGACUCGAUGAUUGUCGAGUGCAAUCCGGGAUAUGAUGGGGGUCUCCAACAACAAUUCAUUCUGGAGGUGCACGAGACUGCCCUGCACAGACUGCAGGUCAAUCUCAGCGCCUCUUCCAACCCCUACUUUCACGUAAAGGGACUGCCAUCCGGGACUCACUUCGUCGCAGUCGUCUACGCAGCUAACGCCAAAGGCAGGAGUCAGGCAGUGGUGAUGAGGACCCAUACGCUGCCUGGACCCGAAAGUCAAACUAGAAGAGAAAACGUCUGGCAAGUCACUUUCAGUCCAGUCUUGAUCGUCCUGGUGUCUGUCAUUAUUGGCUUUGUGGUGAUAGCUAUGAUUGUAGUAAUUGUCAUGAAAUGCAGAACAAGGCACGAGAGACAUAAAGGGCAAAUUCUUCCAAGGAAGGCUUACAAGCUUCAGCCUGGAUUAAGCAAGGAAGAAGAAAAUAACGAAGCUGGCAAGAGUCCAGGAGAAGAAAAAGGACCCGAUAUUAUACCUGAUGUAAGCAUCCCUUCAGAGCAGAGUGCAGAGGAAGGAUUGGACAAACAUUUCUUGGCUGAUGCCGCCAGUAUGCAGCUGAUGGGCGUCAACGGAUUAGGCCAAACAAUCACCACUAUUAGCAGGCCGCCUAGACAGAUGGAGCUUGAGCCCGAGGCCACAUUGAGAGACUUUUCACAUAUCACCCCACAAAAGAGAGUCAAGGUAUUGCCCAUUGAUGAGUGUGGGACUCUGCAUCGCCCAUAUGUGAAAAAUAUACAAACAGAUGUGUAGUCUACAGAUUUUAUACGGUUGCAGCCGAGCACUGAUAUUAUUAAUGGGUGAAAAAUCCGCAGUCGCCAGCAAGUCUGAAGGAAGCUGGAAUGACAUCAUCCAUCUUGAUUAAAACUUACCAGAAUGAAAUACGAUAGAGUGGUUGACCACAGAAAUCUACACGGAGUUGUGUGUUGCCUGAUAUAUCAGUAAGAAAUUAUUCCAAUAUCUGUUCGUCCGACAGAAAUAUUACUGCAAAAGAGCAUUAAGGAAUGUUUUAUUGGCCCCUCCAUGUUACAGGACACUAAUAUUUAUCAGAAUAUUUUUUAACUUUAGUGUGGAUUAACUGUUGACAACAUGAACGCAUGUUGGUCAUAAAUAGAUGAACUAAAACUGUUGGCAAUAGAAAAGUAUAUUGUUUUCAAGCAGUCAAAUUCAUCAGUUGUCGACAACCAAUGCAAGUGUUGUCAAAAACAAAGGAUAUCAUUACUGGACGAAAACCGGAAUCAUGUAUUUUGCUUGUCAACCAUUCUUCAUCGUCCCGAACCAUACUUUAAUUUUGCGUACCAACAAUCAUUGUUGUUGGGCAACCCGAUUCUUUAUCGACCGAGUGCGAUUUUGUUGGUCACUAUCAACCCAUUGUCACUGGCCCCGAAAUUCAGUGUUGCUAGGCAUCAUCAGCAUUUAUCAUUGUUGUAUCACAAUACUAUUUGUUAUUACAUCGUCAAAAACUGUAGAACUUACAUGAGCAUCAAAACUGAUUUUGUGCUGGACACUGACACAAAUGAUGCUCGCCGUCGCAUACUCUCGAAUCCAGACUGAGUAAAGACUGACUGUUUAAUCAUUGUGUAAAUUUUUACUGUACAUAGCAACUGAGAUGUUGUGGAUAAGGACCGGUGUGCAAGACGAUCUGGUCUGCGUGCAUUCCCACUUGUGUAAAAAAAAAAAAAGUUCGAAAGAAGCGCCGGAGGGAAUGACUCCCUAGUCCCACAACUUAUUUUUGUAUGCGUUCUAUUGUCCAAAAUGGAAGAAGCAGUUUAUAAUAAAGU